AUGCCUAAACGAAAGAGAUGUCCAGUAUGCCAUGAAGACUUUCCUCAAAGAAGCUUUUAUCGUCACUAUGCCAGCUUCUUUGACUAUGAUACUAAUUCUUGGUUGGAUCAUGGUCCAGAGGCAGACAGAACAACUGCUAGAGAGGAAUCAGAAAAGAGAUUCAAGAACCUUCUUGCAGAUGUUGCAAAAGUUACAGAUCUCACUGAUGUAGAAGAAGAAAACUGUUGUAGUGACCAUGGUGACAUUAACAUCCCAACCAGUUGUCCAACAGAUGGUGCUGCAGAGGAAAGUGAUCAGUCUUCCGAAACUGAAGACAAUGAUGAUGCAGAUGAUGAUGAUGAGCCAGAAGACUGGGACAUCCCUGCUGAUUGUCUGGAUGAUGAUCUUGGAAUUGAUGUACAACCUUCCCCUCUUAAGACCAUCAACAGUUUGUUGUUUUGUGUAGUAUAUGCAAUUCUAUAUUUGCAAGCUGUACAUCAUAUUAGCGACAAUGGAAUUGAGUAUUUGUUACGGUUUUUGUUCAAGAUUUUUCUGAUUUUUGGAACCAAUGUUAAUAACCAACUGUUAUCCGAGUUUUGUAUUGGCUUUCCACCGAGUCUGUACCUUGCAAGGAAAUUUUUGAAAUUAGAUAGAGACGACUUUAAAAGAUAUACCGUUUGUUCAUCGUGUCAUACUCUGUAUGAAAUUUUUGACUGUGUUUUUGAAAGAAAUGGUGUCAGGUAUGGAAAACAAUGUCAGACAGAAUUAAAAGUUCGUGGAAAAUUUGUUAAAUGUAAUACACCUUUAGUGAAACAAGUGAUUUGUAAGGGCAAUGUUCGAAAAUUUUAUCCAAUCAAAGUCUAUUAUUACAACAGCCUUAUUUCGGGGAUUGAAAGAGUUUUGAAAAGAAAGGAAAUUAAAGAAGUUUGGCAACACUGGCGGGAUUGGGAAACUGAAACGGAACUUUUGAGGGAUGUUUAUGAUGGUAGGGUUUGGAAAAAUUUCAUGUCUUUUAAUGGGGUCCCCUUUUUGUCUGAAUUACAAAAUAUUGGCUUAAUGAUGAACAUUGACUGGUUUCAGCCUUUCAAAAACCGAAAUAAUGUCUUGAAUGCCAGUGACUUCAAGGCUGCUCUUGAAAACAAGAUGAACAAUGUUCAAGUAAUUGUGUCUUUGCCACCAAUUCCCAAACCACCAAGAGUGUUGCUGAAAUUACAAAACAUCAGUCUGCUUUUUGAUUUCAGUUAUGACAACAGAAGUUUGAAUGCUCGGGAGCAAUAUGAGAUCGGAAAAGGCAAAACAAUAAAUUAUAACACUGCAGGAAUUAAUUUUAAUUGGGUCAUCCCUGAAAUAACUCCUAAGUCUGUAUUCGAGGUCACAUUAACAUCUCCACCCAUGGAAACACAGACAUUCUCUACCACCCACAUGUCAAGAACAAGAUGCAACAGCAUCACAGGAUGA